UAGGUAUGCAGGUAUGGUACCAAUGGUACCGAGGUGGGAGUGCUGCUGCUGAGUAGUCCGAAAGUUUGGGUGUGCUGGACGAGUACCAGCAGCUGGCGCGUAACCUAUUUAUGGCUACCAUUUAACCUUUCAAUUAAAAUGCCAGUAAAUAGUACCCGUGCGUAGUACCACCGCGGAAAAUGGGGUCCAAAAUCGAGUACGUGGACUCGUCGCAAAUUUACGCGACGAACUAUGUGAGAAACUCGAAAGCCAUAGGGGUCUUGUGGGCUAUUUUUACCAUUUGUUAUGCUAUCAUCAUUGUGGUGUCUUUUAUCACUCCCGAAUGGAUUGGUAACUUGGAGGGUGAUAGUCCUGGUAAAUUUGGACUGUGGUCUGUGUGCUACGCUGAUGAAAACGGGGAAGUUUGUAAAGGAAGGUUAGACACUAUAAUGUCCAUGAGCAACAAGGCUUUCCAAGGUUCAGCAGCACUGGUUGGCUUGGCAGUAUUUUCUGCCCUUUUGGCCAUAUGCGCCAUGAUGCUCUUCUUUUUCUGUCACUCCACCACGGUGUUCCACGUUUGUGCCUGGAUGCAAUUGGUCUCUGGAGCCUGCCUAAUAGCCGGAUGCGCCGUUUAUCCGAUCGGAUGGUCAGAGAGCGACGUUGUCAGAGUGUGCGGCGAGGCGACGGACCAAUACCAACUGGGCAGCUGCGGUAUACGGUGGGCCUACUUGUUGGCGGCGAUAGGUUGUUUGGACGCGGUGAUUUUGGCAACGUUGGCUUUCAUAUUGGCUACGAGACACGUGACGUUGCAACCGGAGCCUCAGUACGCUCCUGCCAGUCUUUAUAAAGGUGAAAUGAACAGUGGUUACAUCAGCGACGCAGCCAGUGUUGCCGGCUCUAGAAAAUCGCUCAACAUCCAUCCGGUACUGUUGAUGAGACCGGGACAGGACGACACUUAUUCUCAGUUUUCCCAAAGGACAGUACCCAGAUCAGUACACUCGGGACACUAUUCGCAUCCCCAUUCCUUACGGAGAAAUUUCCAACUUUAGAAAAUAACAGAAAAAAAUGUCUUGUACGAUUAAUUUAUUCGAAAAAAUGCCGGAAGUAUUUUUAGGUAGAUUGUACCGUAGACUUAAAAAGUAAAUGGACUAUUAAUAAUUAUUUAUAUCCUGUCAGCUUACUAAAGAGAUGUGAUGACUUUUUUUUAGUCUAUGAAUGACCUUUAUUUUAUAAUUGCGAAUAAAGCUAUUUAUAAUUU